AGGGGGGAGGCCGCGGCGGGCGGCAGCCAAUCGAAAUGAGAAAGGACUCGGCGCCUGGGGAGGGCUCGGCCAAUGGCAACGGCGCUGCCGGAGGGGGGCGUGGCCGCGAGCCCUUUAACGCGCAGCAGCCCCUCUUCCCGAGUCUGCCUGCGCGAGCCCGCCAAGGGGCGCGGCCGGGCGCGCGGCCGGUUGGCGGGGUUGCCGUGGCAACGGGGCCUGGGCCUGGGCGGGGGGUGCGCGGGGCUGCGGGAAGGGGCUCCGGCCCCUGGCCAGGCCCGGUGCCGCUGUGAGUCUCGAGCGCAGCGCUGACGUUCUCUGUUAUCCAUAAGGAUUUCAGGGUCGCUUUCCUGAUUGCCAGCAUCCUCCCGGAUCUUUUCUUUUUACUUGCGUUUGUGAAUUUGGCGUUUAAUCUGCAGUUAAGCCUCAGGCCUCUUUAGUAACGCGCAGAUAUUCGCGUCAGCUUUCAGUUGGACUAGGAAAUCAAUUUGUGCCUUAACCUAACUUCUCUCCCUCCCUUCCCCAGCCCAUCUCUGUGCCUGACGGACAGCCCAAGGCCCAGCGCUCCGCACACCUGCCGUCCUGCUGUCACAGCAGCUGCUUCACAGCCUGCCCUCCCUCUGAGCGACACAUGAGGCACAGCCCGGCCUUCCCCACGGCCUUCCCCUUCGUCCCCAGCAGCCCUGGCUCUCUAAAAGCAUUUGCUAAGAGAUCUUAGGAUCUUAGCAGGGGCUUCUGUGGAAAUCCGGUUGGAGGAGGGAUGCUGCUCUGCAGGUGGAUGUGGAAAGCCAGGUCUGUGGUAGCUGUGCUGGCCUGGCCUUACCUCAGCAUCUCCACCCACCGUGGUUUGAUGGCAGCUGGGUAUCGCCGUUACCUCUCCCCACAAGCAGCUGGCUGCUCCCGAGGACCCCAAACCCCCUUGCAGGGGCUCCCCAGCAGCUGACUUUUGCUUUUCAGUCUGUUACCAUCCCCACCUAUCCACGUGGUGCUUCAAUGGCACCCCAGGCUUCUGGGGAUGCUCUGUCCCUUCCAGGGGGCAUGUGGCACUUCUGUGCUCAGACCAUGGCAGCCUGCUGCAGUGACAACCUCAGAACAUUCAGGCAGCCUCCAAGUGCCAGCAAGUCCUGCAGCUCUGCUGGGCCACCCAUCACCUCCAGCCACCUCUCUGCUCUGAGGCUGUGCCGCCCUGUGACGGUUUCUCAGAGCUGUCUGAGUGCUCUGCAUGGUCCCCAGCACACAACUAGCCUUCCUCUCUUGCAGCCACCACGUGUAGCUUCUUACUGACAGGCUUCGCCCUUCUCCUGCAGCUCCCCCUCAGUGUGUUCAGUGUGAUGGAGGUGGGUUUCUCUGGCUCUACAGCCUAUUCCCUUUGAGCACUUCCAUCCGUACUGCAGCUCACGUGGUUUCUUCAGUCUGAUGGCUUUUCUAGAGAUGAAUUUAUGCAUUUGUUCUCAGUCUGCUUCAAUGUGCCUUGUUUAUUCAGCUAUGCGGACUGCUCUUUAUUUUCUCCUUUCAUGUUACAUUGACUUCGUGCCUACAAGUUGAGCUGUCCAGAAAUGUGUUCUUCCAUGCACACUGGCUUUCCCCUGUCUUUGGGGUCACAUUUUUCCUAUGUUUUUCAUCGUAAGUGCCAGAACCUGGUUGUGUUAUGCUUUAAACACAACCUGGUAGGCAUCUAAUUUAGCAGCUUCUUCACCUCCUUUUGAGACCUUGCGGUGUGCUGAGAUGUACUUCAUCCUGGAGCGAAAGCAGCCAAGACGCCCUCGUCUUUGGCAUCCCAGCAGCUAGAAACAUGCCCCUGGAAAAGAUGAAAAAACCCCUACUUUCUCCUUUUUCACACCUCACUUCUAUCCAAAUGGACUAUGCCCACCAGCUCCUCCCCAGCACUUCAGUACUGGUGAGAGACCUUGUAGCAGGCCAUUGUCGUCCCCAGCAAACAAGGCAUAAGGCACCACUCAGUGCUGCUGUGAUGACCAGUCCUGCACAGGGCAUCGACCCCUUUGGGCCAGCACUUUUCCCAAGCAAAGCAAAAGCCAUUCCUGGACACCUCUGAGACACCCUUGACACCUGAAUGAGGUUCAGGUGCAGCAAGACACAAUAGAAGCUCAAGAUCACAGCACUUCUCUUCAGCAGUGCCUCUCAAACCACCCUGCCUUUAGCUGGAGGAGCACCCGCAUCAUGCUGUAGUCUGGGGAGGGACAGACAGACAUCUGGGCCCUGGGCCUGGGUGAAACAGGCCGACCACUCCCCUGGCUCCUCAUGGCAGGCACCGAGGGGUGGCUUUGUGCUGAGCAAGCUGAGUGGGUCUGCACUGACACCCAGUGGCUGUGGCACAAGCAGCCUUCCGCCUUGCACCCGCAUCAGUCUCCGGGCUGGGGAUAGUGCCACAGCAGCAGGACUUGGCCUGUGGGUCCUGUUCUGCCACUGCAUCCUUCACCUUGUGGAGAGCUGGGAUGGGCCCUCCCUGGCCUUCAGGACCUCCAGGAUGCAUGCUCCGAAGCCUCAAGCCUCCAUUUGCAAAAUUCUUUUUUAGCUGAGGCUGCUGGAACUGCCUGCAUUACCAGCUACAUGGCACCCAUGCACACACUGGGGUGUUCCAGCAGCUGCUACAGCUUCACACCUCGGGCCUGCCAUCGCUCUGUUUUCCAUAAUUCCCCCUCAGCUGCUGCCAGCAGGGUUAGCAGCACACACUCUCUGGCCCAUCAGGGCUGCAUGGCUAUGUUUGAAACUAAUGCUUUGCAAUAGGCACCAUUUACUCAGAGGCUGAACUCACACCCAGAGGGCCUUGUCACCAUUGCUUCUGUACUCUGUUAUCCUCCUCUCAGCUCUUGCCAGAGUGGGUAUUUUGGUAAUUUGCCUUCCUAAAGUAUGCCCAUCACUUCCAGCCUCUGCCCUAUGGCCAGGCCCCGGGGGCCAUGAGGCUUUUGGAGCAGCUGAAGGUCUCAGCGCAGCCUCUACUUGCAGCUCCUUGCUGGCAAUCUCUCCCCUUUUCCUCUGUUUCUUCAAGGAUGCUCAGUGUGACAGGUGGAUUUCUCUGGCUCUCCCCUCACUGCCUUCACACCGUGGUCUCUGUUCUAGAGGGACACUCUGGUGCUAGCACUGGGGCAGCAUAGGGCCAAGCCAAGGAUGCUUUCCACCUGGAGCCAGCAGGCAACCAGGGGAGAGCCAUCUGCUCGGGAUCCCCACUGCACCCUUCUUUGCUUUCUUCCCACUUUGUCUCUGAUCACAGCCACAUCCAUAUGCAAUCAGUGGCACUCAGCUCCAGCAUCGUGUUUUAGCGAUGCACGCAUGUAUCUGCUCUUGCUCUGGUUGCUUAUUUUUAUGUGCCUCGUUAAAGCAGCUCUUUACUGCUUCCCACGCGAACAUUGUCACCUCCUGUCCUAGCCUCCAGUGAAGACUCAGGGGCUUUGUGAUUGCAGCCUAGAGAUGAAUCAUCCUGUCCACAGCUCCACUGCUUGAAAACUGCCUCAAGCACCUCUCCCUUGCCUCUGCCGUGUGCAUACCUGCGUGGUCACCUCUUGGUGCCUCCGAGGACAGAGACCCUGCAAGGGACUGCCCUGAUCCUGAUGGCUGGCAGGGAAGAUGUGGGCUUUGCUUCUGCAUUGGCUUCCCCCUCUCUUGCAUCACCCUAUCAACUAAGUCGGAAGGGACUCACAAGGAUCACCGAGCCCAACCCCCGGCCCCACGCAGCACCCCCCACCCCCAAUGGGUGUCUGCCCCAAAGCAGUGUCUGAUGGCGUCGGGGCCGUGCCCACCGCCCUGGGCAGCCCGUGCCGUGCCCACCGCCCUCUGGGGCACAGCCUUUCCCUCGCAGGUCACGGCUGCUCUUCCAGAACGACGCCUAUUUACAACGAGCGCUGCCAAGGCGGAGUGGAAAUGUACUGGGAAGCCUUCCCCGGAGAGCGAGGACCUCCGUCAGUCACAACCAAGCGGGGGCUCAGCCCAGCCGUCGGCACGGAGCUGACCCCGGGACGAGCGCGGCCGCCUCUCGCUUCGCUCCGCCGCCGUGCCGCGCCGCGCCGCGCCGUGCCGCCGAGGCGGGGGCCGCCGCAGUCCCCGCCCGCCAGGCCGGGAGGGGCCAAACGUCGCCGCCGCCGCCGCCGCAGAGACGCCGCCGGGCGAUGCCGCGCCGGGCCCGGGGCCGUCAGCGGGGCCCCUCCGCCGCCUCCGCCGCCCGGCCCCGGGGAGCCGCCCGGGGUAAGCGCGGCCCCGUCGGGGAGCUCCGGGCCGCCGUUCCUCGGCUCCGUGCCGAGCGCUCCCUUCCCCGGCGCGCGGGCACCGCGCCGCGGGUCCCCGGGCGAUGCUGCGAGCGGACGGCGAGAGGCGGACGCGGAGCCCCGCCGCCUCGCCCCGGCCGUCCCUGCGGCCCGCCUCGCGGCCCGGCUCGGAGCAGCUGCCCUCGUCGUCGCCUCUCUCCUGCUGCCGCCCGUCCGUGCGCACGGCCGAAGGCUCGGGACAUGCGGGAUUCGGGGCGUUCUCGUGCCCGGGCACCCCCAGAAUGGUCCCCCCACCACCCGUCAGCAAGCCCCACGUGUGCCUCUCAACAGUACUCAUCAUGAGCAGCCUCAUCCUCAUGGAUGCCUACCUGGUGGAGCAGAGCCAGGGCUCCAGGAAGCUGGGCAUCUGCGUCAUGGUGGCAGUGGGCGACGUGUGCUUCUUGCUGGUGCUCCGCUACGUGGCCAUCUGGGUUGGGGCAGAGGUAAAGACAGCCAAGCGAGGUUAUGCCAUGAUCCUCUGGUUCCUUUACGUCUUCGUCCUGGAGAUCAAGGUUUACUUUGUCUACCAGAACUAUAAAGCUGAUCGGAAGAGCCUAGAUCUCAUGGCUCGCAAAGCGCUGACCUUGCUGCUCUCCAUCUGCAUCCCAGCCCUCUACGUGCUGCUGGUGGCCACAGAACACAUGGAGUACGUCAGGACAUUCAAGAAGAAAGAAGAUCUUCGCAACCGCCUCUUCUGGGUCAUCGUGGACGUGCUGGAUGUGCUGGACAUUCAGGCCAACCUGUGGGAGCCCCAGAAGAAGGGGCUGCCACUCUGGGCCGAGGGCAUCAUGUUCUUCUACUGCUACAUCUUGCUCCUGGUCCUCCCUUGCGUCUCCCUGUGCGAGAUCAGCAUGCAGGGGAUCGGCAUUAUGCCUCACCGCAUGAUGCUGUACCCCAUGCUGAGCAUGCUCACCGUCAACAUCACCACCAUCUUCAUCCGAGGCAGCAACAUGCUCUUCUUCAGGGACUCCCGGGUCUCCAGCAUCUUCAUGGGCAAGAACAUGCUGGCCAUCGGGCUGAAGGUCUGCAUGUUUGUGCAGUACCAGCGGCACAGGCACCACGCGCCGCCGGGGCCGGGCCCUGCCCCACAGCAUAGCUGCCAGCCCCAGCCCUCCCCAGGGCUGCAGAAGUCUCGGGACCAGCCUUCCUGCCCUGAGGAGCUGGCACAGGACAACACGUGACAUGCCGGUGGCAACCACAGCCUGGGCGCUGCCACGCUUGGCCGUCCCCACAAGACGCCAGGAGGGCCGCUGAGCCCCCUGCCUCUGGACAGCAGGGGCUGACCCUGUCUCCUCCCUCCUUGGGCAAGGCUGCUCCAGUCCCCAGGGGCAACACCGCAACGGGGCGGCCAAGCAGUGCAGGACCACAGCCCUCCAGCUCAAGCCAGGAGCUGAGCAGAGAUGUCACCUGCUCCACCUCAGUGUCUUGCCCCAGCCAGGUGCCCAUCCUGGUGGGAGUGAGGAUCUGGCUCCCCCCACCUCUCGUCCCCCUCAGACAGCCGCAGGCUCGGUGGGGGCUCGAAGAGGGUAACAGACCUUUUUCGUAUCUCCCUCUUUGCAAUAAAAGGCCUGAGCUCUC